GUAUGCACAUGCCCCCUUUUGCCAGUCAUUCAGGCAUAAUGCUUCAUGGUGUGCCUGUCAAUGGAUCUUUUCAAUUUACAAAUGUUAUAUCCCCUAACCAAACUUUUUGGCCUCCAGUACAAUUGACCCUCCAUGAGCCUGCCCCCAUUUGUUUUCAAAUUAAAGAGGGGAAAGAAUCAUGGGGCAUAUAUCCAAACUGCCAAUAUACAUUGAAAUUCACUUUUAAUAGCUCUUGUUCUCUUACAGGAACAUACAGUGACCAAUCUCAGUGCUAUAGAAGCAAUACCAGUGCAUGGCUAAAAACUAGGAAAGAAACCUACCAUGCAAAUUGGAGUCUGAAUUCUUCUAUCCCUGGCUUAGCAAAUGCCACAGAUGAGCAAUUUCAUAUCAGUUCCUUAUUUACUGCAGCCUUUAAUUGGUCCCAACAGAGUAGUAAUAUCAGCUAUUUGCUCCAAAGAGAGUUAUGGUUGCUUUGUGGCGAAAAAGCAUACAAAGCCAUUCCUCGAAACCUCACAGGCACAUGUACAUUGGGUCUCGUGGUUCCGUUGUUGUAUAAGGUUGAUAAGUUACCAUCUUCUCUUAGACUACGAAAUCGUCAGGAGGUUAAUUCACCCAUAAUUCAAUAUAUCAGUACCCAGAUCUCUCGGGCCUUGCUGCCCUCAGUGGGCGCAGCAAUGAACUAUAGGGAUCUCCAUCGGCUAGCAAAUUGGACUGAAGGAUUAUUCAAUGAUACCAUAAAAGCUUUGAAGGAACUCAACCAGGAGGUGUCUGCAAUGAGACAGGUGGUUUUACAGAAUCGUUAUACUUUGGAUGUGAUUUUAGCCUCAAAAGGAGGAGUUUGUGCACUUCUUCAUUCUCAUUGUUGUAUGUUUAUUCCUGAUAAUAAUGUCAGCAUAUCUGCGACGAUCAACCAUAUGGAAACCAUGGUAGCCCACAAUCCGUUUGCCCCCCCUCCUUCCGCUGAUCCAUGGGCAUGGUUAUAUUCUUGGCUUCCAGAUGGGAGUUGGCUUCGACAUUUAUUGAUUAUAGUGAUCAUUAUAGUAGUUAUUUGCAUUAUUUUGUGUUGCUGUAUACAAUGUAUUCCUUCUUUAAUCUCUAUAUGUACUGCAUGGUUCUCCCGUCAGCGGCCUGCUUCCGGCCUCACAAGAGUCGCCUAUCACGCUCGAUAUAACCGUAUUGGUACUGACAUAUAUGACUCUGAUUAAUAAAAUAAAGAAAGAGGGCAUGUGGGAGCCAUGAAGUCAUGGCAAAGGCUUGUAGCGCCACCUGGUGCCUCGCUGACCUCG